AUGGUCAGAAGGAAUGUGGAUCUCAUCAUUGGUCCCCCAUGUCCACCGCCGGCGGAAAUCAUGGGCUACAUGUCGACAUACUACAAGAAGACCAUGCUUGGAUGGGGUUUCCUGAUCGAUUCUAUAUUCAGCGACAAUGAACGCUUCAAGUAUCUCACGACAGUCAUGCCGGACUCACUUCAGAUGAUGUAUGCCAUGCUCGAAAUGUUCACGAUGUUCCAGUGGAAUCGUGUAGCAAUCUACUACAUUCCGAAUGAAGUGCAGUACUGUGACACGAUAAUGGACAAUCUCGCCACGGCGUUCAGUGACGAUUCCACAUACGCAGUGGAUGUCGUACAGAAAGUUUCAUGGGAUGGCCAGGCGAGUGACUACCUGGCUGAUCAGUUGCUGCUUACCAAGCGAUCUGCAAGAAGUGAGUGCUUAUGCGAUAGAUAG